AUGGCUCAGGGCGUUGGCGCAGUGCCUGUGUGUGGGUCAUUUGUAGCUCCGCUGGCACUUCAUACUUUUUCGCCUGAUCACUGCUGCAGGGCCAUUCCAAUGGGAAAGCCGACCACAAGCAAGUCAUCCAGGGCCGAGAGCGGGGGCGAGGCGGGGUGGCUGAAGCGGAGGUUCUGCAUGUACCAGCUGCAGGGCAUCUGUCGCAAGUCCACGCAGGAGUGUCCCUGGGCGCACUCCAUCGAAGAGAUGGAGCAGUCCCGCUCCAGAGGCAAGAAGAAGGCCUCGCCAGCGCGGGAGGAGUCUGGCUACUCGUCUUCGGAGUGGACGUCCUCACACGGAGCUGGCCGAUCGUCUGAGUCUUCGUCGUCUCCGACUCCUCUGAGGGAGGUGGUCCAGGACGAUGGCUUCCGCAAUUCUCACGAUAUCAACAAGCCCAAGGUGAUGCCGUACCAGGCCUCGAGCUGCCCCCGCGAGCCCCCGCUCUCGACCGUGGGCGCCGGCCUGGCGGGCGUCCCCGGCGUGGGGUGGCCCGGCCCGCCCCCGGGCCUCGAGGACAGAUGCGGACGUGGACUCCGUUUGCGCCUCCCCGGGCUGGCAGCCCGUGCCAUUGCCACUGCCAGCCAUAAUGCAGGUGCCCGCGAUGGUACCGACGUCCCACUCGGUACUCCAAUACACGCAGCAGGAUCUGACGAGUGUCUGGGCCAAACACAAGGAGAGCAGCCGCCCUGACCGCUGCGGCAGGCCGGCCCGCGGCGCGGGUCGUCCAGACCCGAGGCCUCAUGCGCGCGGGGCGGCCAGCCCCGGUGCCGUCAGAGCGUGUGAGCCUGCGCUGCUGGCGCCCGCCGACCCGGCCCUUGGCCUCCUGUGCACGACGGCCCUGCCUCCCCAGAGCAACGGAAUCACUAGCCUUGCCGACCCACGCACUGCAGAACGGCGGGUCUAUAAGCCGUCAGGCACUCUGGGCUUUCUCCUCCCGUCCGCCUCCUGGCUCCCGCGCUCCCUCUUUUUCUAUCGUUGUUCGGAGGCCCCGCCGCCGAGGCUGGAGUAAGUUUUUGUGUCAAGACGCAGGCCGACGGUGCACGUGAGAAUGUCUGGGGACGCGCGGGGACAGGGGGGGCCCUCUGAGAGCCAGCGUGUCCUGCCUCGUGCUGCGCUCGCUGCAUCUGUAUCGUUAAACAUCUAUUUCGGCAGCAUUUGGCGCCCAUUUGGGGGGGAAUUUUCCACAGUAAAGCGGCGGUGAAUCACGUUCGUCUCUCUGAGAUCGAGACAUUCAUUAAUCAUGCACUUAGUACGCGCGACAAGUGUUACCCGCUGUUCCUCAUUCGUUGGCGGUUUGGGAUGGCCCGUUAUGUGAUGGGGCGUUGCGCUCAGACGUUGAGGCGGUAUGCAGCUUUAGGAUUGAGAUCUUCAGACCAGUCUUGUGCAUGCAAUGAGGAGUGGACGACAUGGUACUGUCUCAUGAGGCUUGGAUGUUGUAGACACUUCAGCUUUUGAAGCAAGGCUGGAAGUGUGAACGGGACACGGCGCAGCAUGCUCGGUUUGACUUUUAUCUUGUAAUCCUUUUUCACAUAUGGCUUACCGUUUUCUGGCUCGCCCAGGCAGGUCGCCUGUCGAGCUUCUGGUAGGUGCUUGGACGUCAACGUUCCUGAUAUCCCAGUUUCCUGCUUUUGAAGAACUAAGUUCAAUUGACCAGUGUACUUGUCGCUCUUGGAACCGGUGCUCUUGAUGGUUGAGACGCUUUGCCACCAGUGAGCAAAGCAGGAUGAUGAUGAUG